CGCCGUUCGAACACAUAAGUGUAACGUUUCCUUACCCAUCGGCAUCUUCCAGAUGGAGCGCGAUCUCUGAAGCGGAAGAGAAAGAAGCUUGAACACAAGCUCUGUCUGACUUCUUCUCCAACUUAAGGUGGAAACUGGGGGAGGGAGAAGAAAGAAGCCAUGCUCUCGAGGAUCCACGGCGUCGUGUGGGCUGAAGAUGGAGGCGAGGAGGAGGACGCUGCGUCGUGGACGAGAGCAAACACGUCCAGCGCCAGCGGGGAAGCGAUGGGCGAGAGCAAGGACGAGCUCGGCCUCCCCAGCUUCAAGUCCAUGCUCGACGACGACUGGUACUUGGGUGGCGGCGCUACUUCCAACCCCGCGACGUCUACCGCCGCCCAUUACCCCUUCGAAGUCUUCCAGGCGCAUCGAGACGUAGCCUUUCCCUCGAACCCGAAGCCGCACGAGGCCUUGCUGCUCCCUGUCGUCGACGACCUCGAUCAAAGCCAGCCCUGUUUCCCCGCAAAGUCCGCCCUUGCUUCUCUCUUCGGCGCUGUUUGUUCGAAUCCUUUCGACGCCGGGCUUGAUCUAGGGUGCGACGCUCCGGGUUUUCUUCCGGCUUCCCAAGUGUCUAAUACACCCGUCUUGAUGAACAGAGGCGGCGGCGGCGGUGGGGGAGGAAUCCUUGGUUUCGCUGGAAUGGUGGCGGGUGAGCAAGUUGGUUGUCCCGAUCUGAGCUCCGGAGCUGAAUUCGCCGGUAGUCGUCUGCUGCUCCCAUCCGAAAACUGUGAUGGUUCCAUCUCCGGUGUCGCCGUGGGCUCCAUGGGCUUCGACAACUUCGACAAUUCUCCAUUUCUCAACCGGUCUAAGUUGCUGAGGCCUCUGGAGAUCUUCCCUCCUGUGGGCGCGCAGCCGACUCUGUUCCAGAAAAGGGCGGCGGCCGCUCUCCGCCAGAAUCCAGCGGCUGCCGGCAAAAAAGGUGGCUUCUUGGGGCUAUGGGGCUCGGAAGGAGCGGGACAGGGUAACGGUAGCAAGUCUGCUUUGGAAGAAGAGAACGAGAAGAAGAGGAAGGGGAACGAGGACGAGGAGAUGGACGACGGAAGCGUCGACGCGUCAGGAUUGAACUAUGACACGGAUGAAGUUGCGGUAGAGAAUGCCAAGAACGAGGAUAAUGCCACGGGCGGUGGUGGGGGUAGCAACUCGAUUGCCAACAGCACAGUGACAGCACGUGGUGGAGACCAGAAGGGGAAGAAGAAGGGCCUCCCUGCAAAGAACUUGAUGGCCGAGAGGAGGAGAAGGAAGAAGCUCAAUGACCGGCUUUACAUGCUUAGAUCUGUUGUUCCCAAGAUCAGCAAGAUGGACAGAGCUUCCAUUCUUGGUGAUGCAAUUGAGUACUUGAAGGAGCUUUUGCAAAGGAUCAAUGACCUUCACAAUGAACUUGAAUCAGCACCUUCCAGUUCUUCAAUGCCUCUUACUAGUGGGACAAGCUUUCACCCUCUGACUCCAACACUACCCACUCUAUCGUGCCGUGUGAAGGAGGAGCUCUGCCCGAGUUCUUUGCCAAGCCCAAAUAGUCAACCAGCUCGUGUUGAGGUCAGGGUAAGAGAAGGUCGAGCAGUUAACAUUCAUAUGUUUUGUGCUCGUAGGCCUGGUCUAUUGCUCUCCACUAUGAGGGCACUUGAUGGCCUUGGGCUUGACAUCCAGCAGGCUGUCAUCAGCUGUUUCAAUGGGUUUGCCCUAGAUGUUUUCCGAGCUGAGCGAUGCAAAGAGGGUCCUGGUGUUCUGCCAGAAGAAAUCAAGGCAGUUCUCUUGCAUUCUGCAGGCUAUGACAAUACUAUGUUGUGAGGAAUCAAGGAGAGACAGCAAUUGCAUUAAUCCCAGUGGAGCAUCUAAUGGCUUCCUUUUCCUAAAUCAUCUUAAAAGCAGUAAUGAAUUGGAUGGUCAUAUUAGCACUUUAUAGGUUAUUUGGAAUGUGUCCUGCAACUUGAGGAAGGUGCCGACUGGCACUUAUUUAAAGCUAGUUCUGUAAUCAGAUAACAGUUUCCCACUCUUUCUUGUAUGGAAUAAAAGUCGUAUCGUUGGAUAA